UAUCCCGAUCUCCGGGGCAGCAGGCCAGACCCCGCUGUCCAGGCAUUGCAACAAGCAUAUUCUGAGCUCAAGAAACGCUUCAAUGAAACAAAGCAGAGGAACGACCAGUUAUCCCGAGCAUUGCGUGACGUAGGUAAGGUGAGAUCUGUGGAACCAAAUAUGUCGACGUACGGGGAUACGCCUGAUGAAAUGUCGAUCAGCGCACAAGGAGCUGCUGCAACAGCAGAACAAGUAGUUACGGACGACAAUGUUAGAGCACGCUUGGGGUAUGUCAAGUAUCUGGAACGGGAGAAAGUGAACAACGAGUCUCGAAUACAACAGUUAAUUUCAAUAAAAGGCUCAUUUGAAGAAAGUUGCAGUGCUAUGCAAAGGAAAUAUAAGGAUGCUGUUUCCGAGCUGGAAAGAAAGGACAUGGAUUUGCAAUGUGCUCGUGAAAUUAUUACCAAGUUGAAAGAAGACAAAAUGCAUCUUCGUGAAGAGCAUGAUUCCUAUAGAAGACAUGCAUCAGACAUUCAGGAUAGCAUGCAGAGCGCAGUGAUUCAGACUAGCUUAGAAAAGCAGAACCGGGAUAUGGAAGAUCUGCAGUUAAAAUAUAAAAAUCUUGAAGCUGAAUGUGAUACUUUGAGGAAGGAGGGUGACCGAUUGAAGGUCAGUGAAAACCUUGCCCAAACAGAUUUACAGAGUGCCAAGGCAGAACUGCAGGAAGCCAAGGCAGAACUGCAGAACAGAGUCAGGAAAGCUAAACAGGAAUUUGAUGACCUGAGAACAAGAAACCGUGCCCUGGAGGAGGAACUGCUGGUUUCCAGAGAGUCUGAUCUUCCUCCAGGGUCUUCCAUGACAACUACAGAUGAACUUGUGCACCUCAAGAAAGUCAUCUCCGAUCUCAGGAGAACUGUUAUACAACAGAGGGAGUUCCUCAGCAAGCUAGGCAAAACAAGUGGCAUGGUUAGUGCAAGGACUGAACCUAAUAUAGGUGUUCCGAAACGAACACUAAAUGAAGAAAAUGGUCUUGGUCCAAGUUGGGAGAAUGUUCCGACCAACCCCCAGGUGACCCAGACUGGGCUGUACGAGAAAGAUGGGGACCGCUUAUCUCCUCGAAGAAUGCAAGGAGCAGCAACUCGGCUGUCUGAUGGAGUCCUUUGGAAUUCUCCACAAAGGAGGUCGAGUAGUUCACAUGGCACCACACCACAGAUGUCUGUAUCAAAUCAGGAACAUUCAAGGUCAGAGGUUCUCAGGAGAAGAACACCAGACAAUUCUCUCAGUAGUCCCCGAAGCAAAUCAGAGGUAAUUGUGAGGUCAGGUGAUACACUGGGAAAUGUGAGAGAAUCCUCACCAUUCUCAGAAACUCAGUGGCGGAUUAACGGAGCUCAUGUCCAACCUGAGAGUAGCUAUGAAAAUAUUAACCCAAACAUGCGACGAAAUUACCAGACAGUUGUAGGGGAAGAUUUUAGGCUAGUUCAAGACAAAACUCCAGCUUUCCCUGUCCCUCCGGAACUGAGGACGAACGUGGCUUAUCCUGGUAAUGAAGCAUCACCUAACAACAACAGAACACAGACCAGUCAGGUGCAAGGAAAUCAGACAGAGUCAACAGAGAAGAUAUGUCCUGUUUGCUCCAGAGACUUUGCAUCAAUGCCAAUGGAGGACUUCCAGACACAUGUGUUUGAAUGUUUUGAUGACUCCAGCGCACCAGAAACUCUCCGACCUGGGCAGAUAGAAAGGAUAUGCCCUAUGUGCAAUGCCCUUUACCCUGAAACCGUACCGCAGGAAGAAUUUGAAAGACAUGUUCAGACUCAUUUUGAGCAGGAAAUAACAGACAGAUUUGAGAUAUUAGAUCCAUGAAAAUGGCAGUAUUCACGUCACAUUUACUACAAAAAGUGUGUUUUAGUGUUUAUAAAUAUACGAAGGCUUAAACUUGUUUUAGAGAUAGGUGUGUACUUUCCAGUGUUUGAAAAUAUGCUUGAAAGUCAGGAUGCGUCAGUCAUAACAUAAAUUACAGAGUUAGGGUCCCAAGAUAGAGAUAGUAAGCAGUCCUUGAUCAAAGUUUGCUGAACGUCUGCCUGAAUUAGGGGUUAUCUCCCAAUUGACAGACACCCAUUUGACAGACAGCCAGUUGACGACACUGAACUGGAAGGUUAAUUAGGGUAACACCUACGGGUAUAA